CAUUUUUAUCAACUCAAUUGCGUGUGAAUUGUCUUUUGUUCCCCAAAACCCUUUUCUUUCAGGUGCUUCUUUCACCUUCUAUAGUAGUCUACUCCCCAAGGGUGUUGCCUUGCCUGUUUAUGUUUACGAUGCUCAUGCGGACUGUGGGAAAAAUGUCAGUGCUGCAUUUCUUGUGCUCUAUGGCAUUGCAUUGGCUAUUGAGGGCUGGGGUGUGGUUACGAGUUUGCAAAUUUAUCCGCCAUUUGCUGGUUCUGCUGUGUCAGCAAUUACACUCGUUGUGGCCUUUGGCUUUGCUCUCUCGUCCAUGUUUAACACUUGAGAUGGUGGAAGAUGCUGUUCAUUUUCUUAGCAAAGAAACCAUGAUCCAGGCAAUUGCUCGAUCUGCCACAAAGGUACAGCCAUUUUCUAUUACCGCUGCCAACACUUUCAUUCUAUAUUUUUGCUCCUUGGUUAUUAGUUAGUGUUUUUUGUUUCUAUUGUCGUUUAUGGUUUCAACCCCAUCUGAAGGUGAUCCUUGUUUUCAAUUGGAAAUAAAGAGCAGUUUGCCCCUUAAGUUCA